ACAUAGAUUUCGAGGUGCUGCGGAGGGAUCUGUGUUGUGAUCUGGAGAGAGACGACUUGUCUGAACUGAGGAGCGCAGGUCAUCUGAGAGAAGGUCCACAAACGCACAUCUCUCAUUCAGACACCAGGCCCGACAAUCUUUCUCUGGAGGAUGUUGAGUCAUUGCUCCGCUCAGCCUGGUUGGACCUCCAGCACUUCCCCUCCCCCACCAUCUACCCGACUCUCUGUGGUCUUCUGGCUUUGACUCAGGGACAGCAAGACCCCAUAACUACAGCAAUGCUGCAUGCCCAGUCCUUGGGCAUCACGAGUCGUCAUCGCACAAUCAGACAUUUAGCCGGUUGUCUCAAAAAGUUGAGAAAGGCGUCCAGUGAGCUGGCAGACAAGAUGGAUGCGCUGAGUCUGGAUGAGCUCCAUCCAAACGAGUCCAAAAAGUCUACAGAACAGAAGCUGUCACAGCUGGAGAACAUCUUCUCUUUCCCAACGGCUGACCCCUCUACCUUCCCCAGGAGCCACUGUCAAGAGUUUAUCCAGCAAAUUCAACACCUUCCUCCAGGGGUGACGGUGUGUGUGAUGUCUGUGCUUGGAGUGAGGCCUGCGGAGAUGGGUGACAGCAUCAUACUGUCACGUCUUGAGAAGGGGUCUACCCCUGUCACUGUUCACAUCCCAACCUCUAAACAACAGCACCCCAUCAGCUGGCUGGUGCAGGAGAUAGACAGAAUUCAGGUGGAGCAGAAAGCCGUGAGCUGUGUCUCUGAGAAAGCCAAGUGGUGGGAGGGCCGCAGGGCGCUCGACUCUCGAGUAGAGCGCCUGUUGAAGGAGAUGGAGGCAUUGCUGGGCUGCUGGAGGAGCCUUCUUUUACCUCUUUCAUUGGAUCCUGCACUCUCCAAAGAGGCUCAGCACCUUUGCAAGUCCUUGUCUGCAAAGGGAGUGACAAUCAGUGAGGAAAUGUUGAAGGCUGUGCUUUCUGCCUCUCCUGUGCUCUCCCAAGAAGACCUGCAGAGAUUUGCUCUGGGAGUGUCUCCACAGUGGGACGCAGAGUGUUACCAACUUCUCCACACAGCAGUAUCCCAGCUCGCUGACAGAGACGAACCCCGCGGUCAUGUGGUUCUCAUCCUGGACAAGUACCUUCAGAAGCUGCCGUGGGAGAGCAUCUCCAUCCUGAAGUCUCGCUCCGUCAGCCGGAUGCCGUCUCUGCACUCACUGAUUGGACUGAGCAUUCAGAAAGAGACUGACUCUCGGUCCAUCCUGAAGCAAGGUGUGGAUGCAAGGCAGGUGUUUUAUGUGCUUGACCCUGAUGCCAAUUUAGGAAACUCGCAAGACCGCUUCAAGGAAUGGUUUAGCAG